CGAUGGAGCCUUUCAGUUAUUCCCACACUGAAAAUAAGUUCAUUGGCAUUGGCUGCGACAUAUUUGCUUAUAUUGGUUAUUCCAAUACUACAAAUUCCACCAACAAAAGCUACAUUAGCGGGUGUGUCUCCGUCUGCAAUGGCCAAGGCUGGUCUUGGCUUGAUACUAACUAUUCUUGCUCUGGCAUUGGUUGCUGCCAGAAUACUUUUCCCGAGGAUCUUUCCAUCUUUGAGAUACGGAUUGGUAACAUGAGCACCUGGGCUGACGGCGGGGACUGGCCCUCCAAUCAAUGUAGCCUUGUCCUCAUUGCUGAGAAUAACUUCUCUGAAUUCCACCAAUUUGACGUCUCUUUCUCCAAUGUAAACAAGACGUACUUUUACCCUUCAGUAUUGAAUUGGGCAAUAGGAAACAAGUCUUGCCACGAAGCUCAAAAAAGAGGAGAUUAUGCAUGUGGCAGCAAUAGUCGCUGCGUUAAUUCCAAGAAAGGCAGUGGAUAUACUUGUCAAUGCAACUCAGGCUACCGUGGGAAUCCCUACCUUCCAGAUGGCUGUGGAGAUGUUGAUGAGUGCAUGGAGUCAAACAAUACUCUUUGCCAAAAAGGAGCUGUUUGCACUAACACGAAUGGUAGCUACUAUUGCGACUGCCCACCUGGUUACUACAGAGAUGAUGACAAACCUGAAUAUGAGUGUGUACGCCACAAAGGAAAACACAAUCCAGCUCUUCUUGUUUCUUCAGGAAUAGCAGUCACUCUUGUUCUUCUCAUCCUACUUGCUAUUAGCUUUUGGUUGAAUAAAAAACUUGAGAAGAGAAAGAAAAGCAAACUCAAGCAGAUGUCACUCAAGAAGAAUGGUGGUCUUCUACUGCAACGGCAAAUCUCUUCAAGUAGUAUAGGAAGUAGCGUUGAGAAAACAAAACUCUAUACCAUAGAAGAGUCGGAGAAGGCAACAGACAAUUUCAAUGCAGGUAGAGUUCUUGGAAAGGGAGGUCAUGGUAAAGUAUACAAAGGGAUGCUAUUAGAUGGAAGCAUAGUGGCCAUUAAGAAAUCAAUUGUAGUUGAUGAAAGGCAAGUUGUUGAGUUUAUCAACGAAGUUUUCAUUCUUUCACAGAUUAACCAUAGGCACAUAGUGAAACUGUUAGGUUGCUGUUUGGAGAGUGAAGUUCCUUUACUGGUUUAUGAAUACGUCUCCAAUGAUACUCUCUCCCACCAUCUCCAUAAUGAGGACCAUGCAUCAACAUUGUCUUGGGAAGAGCGCUUGCGAAUUGCAGAUGAAAUUGCAGGAGCCCUAGCAUAUUUACAUUCAUAUGCUUCUACAGCUAUCCUUCAUAGGGAUAUCAAGUCUAGGAACAUACUGCUGGAUGAGAACUUCAGGGCUGUGGUUUCUGAUUUUGGACUUUCAAGGUCAAUUGCCCAUGAAAAAACACACUUGAGCACAUUAGUGCAGGGCACAUUUGGUUACUUGGAUCCAGAGUAUUUUCGGUCGGGUCAGUUUACAGACAAAAGUGAUGUAUACGGGUUUGGGAUGAUUCUUGCUGAACUUCUCACGGGUGAAAAAGUGAUUUUAAAGAAAAUUGAUAAUGAGAAGAAUAUUAUUUCUUGUUUUACUUUCAGUACAGGUUACAACUCUUAUACACAAUGGAUACCAAUCCGAUCCACAAUUGGAGGACUAACUAUAGUAAUGCAGAUCAAUUAA